CUCGCUGGAAGAAGGAGCGCCAGCCCACCUGCUCCGCCCCCCUCCUCCUCCUUGCGCGCAGCUCUCCUCUCUGCUGCCCGGCGGACUGCGGCGAGGAACCUGGUUCAGGGGUCGGUCGAUCGAUCCGCUUCGUGACUGCCUGCAACCUGCCGCAGGAGUAAAGCGGGUUAAAGGCGUAAUUGCGCUGCCUGCCCCUGGGUUUGCCGGAGCAACCGUCGGGAUGGAUUACAAGCGGUUGAUCCUUCCCCUACUUUUUGUGAUCAGCCAGGGAGCUCAGCACGCGGACGCCGCGCUCGGUGCCUGGGCGGGAGCCGCCAAGCAGCCCGUGGGCGCCCCCUCGCCGCCGCGCAGAGCCAAGCGCUGCUCCUGUUCUUCCCUGAUGGAUAAAGAGUGCGUCUACUUCUGCCACCUGGACAUCAUCUGGAUUAACACUCCAGAGCGGACUGUGCCAUAUGGGCUUGGAAGUCUUUCUCGAACCAGACGGUCCCUUAAAGACUUACCACUUGGGAAGCUUCAGCCAUCUCCCAGCAGAUGCCACUGUGCUAGCCUGAAGGACAAGAAGUGUAUGAGCUUUUGCCAGGCAGGAACCGAGCACAGAUCUCAGUCCACUACAGAGAAGGGAUGGAAGCAUCUUCUUAAAGAGAGAGAUUGCAAAGGGCUUGGACUGAAAUGUACAUUUCAUCAACUGGCUGACAUCAGGAAAAUGAAAAGAUUGGAUACUCUUCGAAAUAGUAUCAAAGCUUCUUUCAAUAUUGCCAAACUGGUAAACAAGCUGCGCAAACCACAGCAGCUGAAAAAUAACCGAAUAUAUAAAAAGCAAAACAUUUGGCAAAGUCUGAAAAUGACAUCGUAGUGGAAAGAUCACCAGUCCUAAUCCUCAAGUCAUCAAGAAUUUCUGACACAGCUUUGCCGAAGCUCUGUUUUGGCUUCUUAACAUUCCACUUCAGGAAAAGAUCAAGGAGUGUUGAUCUAAAUAUUAACUCUCUAAAAGUAAAGGAGAGCCCAGAUAAAUAUUCCAUUCAGACUGAUGACAAAGCAGAUAAAUACUGGCAUCUCUUCAGAAUUCAGUUGGUUUGAGCGGGUCAAAGACUUUUUAACCAACUCCUUUACAGACUGUCAGAUCAAGAAUAGAUGCGUUUGGGUCCCAGCUCCAAAAAAGAGAGUAGCAUUUAAAGCAUCAGCUCCUUUGAUUUGUCAGGGUUCAGCCUCAAUAUAACCCAAGCUAUGUUGUGGGCAAGAUCAGCAAUGGAAAGAUCAAGAUUUGAAAGAGAAGACGCCUUAGUUCUGACCACGAUUAAAGGGCAACUGACUGUGCUAUUUUGAUCAAGGCACAUCUCCCAAGUUACAGGUCUACCUCAUAUGCUAUAAGUUGCACUCUUACCAAACUAACAUUACAACUAUUUUGUGAGUUUUGAGUGUUGGCUUCAUCCUCUUAUCUUUAAGCAUAAUUGCCUAUAGUUCAGUUAAUUUAGUUUUAGAUUUUCAGGACUGCAGAUCAAACUUGUCUAUGCUCUAGUGGUGAGGGAAUGAAGUAAAUUGCCACCAUCCCAAAGAUACAAUGAUACUUGGGAAAGUAGAUCUCACAGUUUUUCAGUGGAUCAUCUUUUAAAAGAGUGUUACCAGAAUCGGAGUGAUAAAGGAUUGUUAAUAAGUGAACUUUAGUAUGUCUGAAAAAACUGAAAUCUAGUGCUGUUGAGUAAAACAUGAUUUGAAUGACCAAAGUUGUACUAAGAGGUUGUGCUGCCUAGCCUUGUUCCCUAUAGAUAAAAUUUGAAGGCAACACUAGUUUAAAUCUAAGAUCAAAGGCUUAUCCUGAGCAAACAUUAAUAGCAAUGGAUUUAUCUAUAUGAUGAAUUUGCUGUAUAAUGUUUCUGGAUCAUAUUUUGUAUGAUGUGCUCUUUACCAUUAUAUAUUAUAUUUAUAUUCAAGCAAUUGUCAAUUAUAUUUACUAUGUUGAACGUAUAUUGAAACAGGCCAUA